AUGAACACUGAGAACUACCUAAAUGUGGAUAUAUCUCAAAAUAACACUAAUAAUAAUAUAAGUGAACAAUUACUUUCAAGUAGUAGUUCUAUAGUGGAAACUAUAACAUUUCUGGGAUUUAUUGUAAUUAUAGCCAUCACUAUUGGUGGUAAUUUACUUGUACUUGUUGCAAUCUGUACAAAACAUAAAUUGCGAAGAAAUGUUACGAAUUGUUUCAUAGCAUCCUUAGCAGCAGCAGAUUUACUAUUGGGAGCUAUUGUUAUGCCAUUCGCUGUAAUUGAUCUAUUAAGAUCCAUCCAUAAAGACUGUCUUCCCGAAAAUCAGCAAGAUCAGUAUGUUUUAUGGCCAUUUGGUCAAAUCUGGUGUGAUAUGUGGCACGCAUUUGAUGUUCUUAGUUCAACAGCUUCAAUUUUAAAUUUAUGUGCAAUUUCAGUGGAACGUUAUAUUGCUAUUUCAGACCCAUUUAAUUAUCCUUUACGUGUAACACAUUCACGAUGUAUUAUUAUGAUUAUGCUUACUUGGGUAUGCUCUAUACUAAUUUCCUUUCCAGCCAUUGCCUGGUGGCGACAUUCAAGUAAUAUGUAUAAUGUUUCUGAUAUGCAUAGUGUACCAGAUUUAGAAUGUUUAUUUUCUUCUGACAGAGUUUAUUUAUUCAUUUCUUCGUGUAUUUCAUUUCAUAUACCCUUGAUAGUUAUGAUUUUUGUUUAUUGGAAAAUAUAUCAGAAAGCAAAUGGUCUCAUUAAGACCUUUAACACAGGUAAAAGAUUGAUUUAUCGAAAAUCACUAGGUGGUGAGGCGAUGAUAUUAAGAGUGCACAGAGGCGGUAUAACUAAAACACUGCCGUCAGUCUUGCAACAGGGUGUAUUGUCCCAUAAUCCUAAUACUUCUGCCAAAGUAUCAUACGUAUCUUCUCAUGAAAUCCUCAACAAUCAAUCGCCUAUAUUGUCGCCAACAGCAAAUGAUGAUAAUAAAAAUAAUCAUGAAAUAUUAGAGUGUAAUGUAGAUGAAAACAAAAAAAAUACAAAACAUGUUAAAUUUAAUCACUCUAGAAAAUCUCAAUCAUUUGAUGAAAAAAACACUCACUGCACAUUAUUCUCUGGUUGCUACAGAACUGUAUUCAAUCGAUUUAAUGUAAACGAUUCAUUAAUACAAAAGGAUGACAAUAUAACAGCAACAUCUGGGACGCAGAAUGCAGAAGAAAGUUUGCUAUCAUCAAGAAGCUAUCUAAGUGAAAUCAAAAAACGAGUACAUCGAUUCACUAAAGAACGGAAAGCAGCUAAAACUCUUGGAAUUGUGAUGGGUGUAUUUGUGUUAUGCUGGUUACCAUUUUUUGUUUAUAACACAAUAAAAGCUGUUUACCCAUCAGUUUUAAAAACUCAAGAGAAUAUAAUUUUUCCACUUGUCACAUGGCUUGGUUAUUUGAAUUCAGGUGUCAAUCCGUUUAUCUAUGCAUAUUCUUUACGGGAUAUUCGUAAGGCAUUUCUUGAUAUUCUGUGCACACCAUGUAAAACACAUUCUAAUUGGUGUCGCACAAGGCUAAAUCAAACUAGAGAUACUUAUGUGUCACAAUAUACCGAUGAACCAACAGAUGCUUUAAAAUCUAUUAAUUGUCAGUCUACAAUGUCGCUUGCUAAUGGUUCAUCAUUAUACACAGACCACAAAUAUUCCAUGGAAUCGACAUCUUCACCGUAGCAAAAGAAUUUCUCUUUUGAAAUGUAUUCAGAUGAAAAUAAUCUACAAAAUGAAUUUUAUCAUGACAGUAAACACGAUAAUACAGAAAUUUACAGAAUUUGUGGAAUUUACUAUAAAGUCUGACAGUCUACCUUUGAGUUCAUCAGGAAAAGGAAAUUUUAUUUAAAACAUUUCAGAACCCAAAUGGUAACUAACAUCAUUUAUUAGCCAAUGUAUGAAAAACUAUUCAUAAUUUCAAUACUAAAAUAGUCCAUAUUUUAUCAACAAUAUUAUUUCUAUUUCCUAACAUUGUCACUAGAAUCCAAUACCUUAUAAAUCAUUUGUUUAAGACAAAUGUUUGUACACUGUACUCUAUUAUGUAAAAAAGUAGGUUUAUCUUCGAUCCUGUCUAUCUAUCUAAAUCUGUAAAACUACUCAAAUAAUAAAGUGAUAAGUAAACAUGUU